AUGGGAGCGUGCUAUUCAGAGUGUGAAGAGUCGAUCACACCGGAACAUAUUGGAAACGCAGUAAGGAGUUACCAACAACAGCAUCGAAUUGAUCAGCAACUCGAGCCCCAACAACAGCGGCAGAUUCGACAGACCAUCCAGGAUAUACUCAGUCAUCCCGUGACCUCUGGCGAAGUGCAACAAGAGGCCUUUGAAGACAGCGACGAUUUUUCCGAUAUGAGAUUGAAACGAAAGAGCCAAGACCUGAGUCCGGGUUUUCCGCCUUCAAGGGUUGAAAGACUUUCCCUGUCUUCUAUAGAUGGAGUUAAUGAUGAGAAUGAAGAAGCCAUAAAAUGUGGUCCAAAUUAUGAAAAGGAGUUUCCGAGCCUUUCCAACUCUUCAGUAGCAAUCUAUGCAAAACGACGGCUUUCAGUUGAAGGUCUACCAAUUCCAGGAUCUACAGAUUCAACCUUUGCUUGUGUCUUAAGACUUCGAAAAAUUGUGAAAUUGACAGAACAAGAUAAAAUUACGAAAACGGUAUUGAUUGAAAAUCUCAACUACGCUCUUCAAGUUGUUGAGAAGACCUACAUUGAAGAAACAAAACGUCUUAAAGAUGAGGAUGAUGAGCUCUCUGAUACAGCCUGUUCGGAUGUGCCAGAUGAAGUACGCGAUUGGCUAGCUUCGACCUUCACUCGCCACCAAUCAUCUGCCGGAAGACGCAUUGUCAAGCCUCGAUUCAGAUCUGUGGUCAAUGCAAUUAGAGCCGGAAUUGUGGUCGAAAGAAUUUAUCGUCGAAUGUCGAGCUGCACAUGCAUUACUCUCCCUCCAAACGUAGUUCUUCUUUUAAAAGGUGGUUUGGAUGAAUGGAACUUCGAUAUUUUCGAAUUUAACGAAGUUAGUCAAAACCAUGCUUUGAAGUACGUGGGAUUUGAGCUUCUACAUAAAUACGACUUGAUCACAAAGUUUCAGAUUGAUGGAGCGAAACUUGAGAACCUUCUACUUAGACUGGAGAUUGGCUAUAGUAAAUACAAAAAUCCAUAUCACAAUCUAAUUCAUGCAGCUGAUGUGGCCCAAACAUGCCACGUUGUUCUUACCACCAGUAAACUUCGAGACUACCUAUCAGAUCUGGAUAUAUUCUCAGUUAUCUUCGCAGCCCUUGCCCAUGAUUUUGAGCAUACUGGAACAACAAAUAAUUUCCACAUUCAAACACAAGAAUUUCGAACAGCCGUAAUUGACAUGGUUCUCAAUACUGAUAUGUCCCUCCACUUCUCCCAAGUAAAGACGAUGAAAAAUCUCAUUGCCAUCCCAGAAAUAAUUGACAAACUAAAAGCACUUUCUUUGCUUGUGCACUGCGCUGAUAUUGCUCAUCCAGCGAAACAAUGGAAUCUUCACAAGGAAUGGUCCAUGGUGCUUUGUGAAGAGUUUUUUAGACAGGGCGAUCGGGAGAAGGAACUGGGAAUGCCGAUUUCACCACUUUGCGAUAGAAACACAGUGGUACUCCCUCAGUCUCAAAUUGGCUUUAUCGAUUUCAUCGUGGAACCAAUUUUUGUGGUACUUGGGGAUAUGUUGGAUAAAAUGAUGGAGAAUGCAACAAGUUCCAAAGAAGAAAACGAUGCCACCGAUGACGACACCAAGGAAUUAGAGUCCGCAGACGAAUCCGAAGGUAAAAUAUUAUUAAUUUUAGAUUAA